AGUGAGGUCUGCGACAAGGCGCGCAAAACACACGCGAGCCGUCGCGUUCGGAUCGAAACAAAGCGCGUAUCGUUUAUUUUAUUUAUUUAUUUUUCCAAUCACAGCGGGCCGUGUGAAAAAUGGUGUCCGGAGACGAGUCGUGGUCACGCGGAGGAGAACGCCCCGGAAGCUGGAAGCGUUCUGCGUCGGACACGUGCCUGGACGCCAUCUCGAGCCCUCGCUCCAAGAGACGACGCGACGAGGAGCUCGAAGGCGGCGGCCGGAGGACAGAUGAUGACGUCAGCAGCUUCUCGAGCGACACUCCCCCAGAGGCGGCGCCCAUGGACGCGGACCGCAGGGACUUCCUGCAGAUGGCGCUGGACCAGAUCUGCGAGCUGCAGCGCAAGAUGCGGGACGAGGAGGACUCGGACGGGGACGCCGACGUGGAGAUAGGUGAGUCCGUUUUUUUUUCCUAACCUAAGUUAAAACUAAGUGUGUAAGGGAGGGGUCUAGGUAGGGAAGACUCUUAAGUGCGUCUCAGGGCAAGCCCUAUACGCUCUAAACAUGCGGGUUUUUAACCAUGCAGAAAAGGUCACGUGCUUCAUGUGCUAGGUGGGGAUUGGCCAGCCAUGGCAGACGUUUUCGCCAUGACUAACUCCCCUCACUAUUAAUUCUAGACUAAAACUAGAUAAGUUGGGCCCAGGUAAAACCUCCAUAGACAGAGUCCCACGACCACCCUACCCCCUUCCCCUUUCCUCCUUCACCCAGAGUGCCGCCGCAGCUCCCACACCGAGACCACAGGGUCGUUAAAGCCAUAUUUCACAGAUUUUUUUUUUUUUAAUUUUUCCAUGUAUAAGAGUUGUGCAUAGACACUUUAAAUUUGUAGUUUAUUUUUUGUUUAAGAAGCAUAUUUUUCAAAAUGUUUAACUUCAAAGUUGACAAUUACGGGCUUUUGUGUACUAAUUUUUUGAUUAACUAUUUUUUCUCAGAAGAAUUGUGUUUGAUGGGAUCUUUACAAAAUGCCCAACAAAAUAACUUAUUACGAAAGCGAUAUGUAAAGGUGGCUGUCCUGUGCGAUGAGGUCAUUCGGUUGAAAUUUGCAGUGGAAUCGUCGAUGCAAGGCUAACGACUCUCUAUCAAAUAUGUUAUAACGGGUACUAUUUCUCUGUCUUCGCUUUGCAGCUUUCAGCUCAGUUCCGGGAAUCACUUCAGCUCGGGACAGAAGGCAUUAGGGACAGUACAGUCGCGCCUAGAACACUGUAUCUGGGCAUAUACUAGACUUUCUGGCAGGUAAUAUGGCCUUAAGUGGCCUCAUUUGCCGGGCCGUUUCGACGAGAGAGCCGGAGUUUGCUGCGUUCUGGGCUCGGAUCAGUGGCACGUGGUUCUGCAGACGAGCUGUUGCUGACUGGUAAAACGGCGGGGUCUCACCAUAAAUCUGUGCCAAGAGGCAUUACUUUUAUUCAAGCGCUAUUUCUAACACUUUAACUCUAUACAUCCCUUGCAUUUGUUAUUCUGUCACACACACUUUCAUCAGAUAUUCACCAAGUGUAAUAUCAUGAAUGUGAAAAUUCGUGCAAGUGAUAAUAAUUAUCAUUAUUAUUAGUAUAAGAAGAUUUGCAUUUUUUUUUACAUCAAUUUUAUAACACUUAGUUAAUAUCUGAGGUAGCGAGCUAAAAUUUUAUAACUACCUAACCCUUAACUAAAAGUAAACGAGAAAAAAAA